UCUCUCUCUCUCUCUUUCUAUGUGUGUGAGUGUGUGUGUGUGUGUGUGUGUGUGUGUGUGCAACAGACACAGUCCAUCCCAUUCUGUCAGGCCAGGCCACUCUUGAUUGGGGACAUACAUCCUUGUCUGCCUGAGCUCGAACACUAAAACAGACCUGGAGCAGCGGUGAUUACAAGCAGGUGCACAGAUGACUGAUGCAGAGGGGGGUUGAGAGGGACUGGAGGAAAGUUUGGAUGGUCUGUGCAAUGCGGCGACAAGCAUCAUGUCCUUAAUGAAAAGGGCACCUGUGUUGCCUUUGCUCCGAGGACUACUAACCAGCAGCCCUGCUCUGUGGUGGCACGACUGGGCCAACCCAACUCUAAUCUGACCGCCUGCUGGGCUUGGAAGUGGAUGGAAAUCUCCAGGGUGUGAAAAUGCGGUUGUGGUGGAUUUUACUGUUUGGUUUUUGGAGUGUCUGUGGGGAACUGCCAUUCAUAGCGGAGAAUAACGCAGCUAUGUUGGUCAACUGGAAUGCUGUUGAUGGGAACAAAAAGCUGUACGCCAUCUAUGAUACAAGCGUCAACGAACCGGGGAACAUGUCUUAUGUCAAAGAGACUGUGGAUAAACUGUUGAAAGGAUAUGAUAUUCGUCUUCGGCCAGACUUUGGAGGUCCACCGGUUGCUGUUGGCAUGAGUAUAGACGUGGCAAGUAUAGACAUGGUGUCAGAAGUCAAUAUGGACUACACGUUGACUAUGUACUUCCAGCAGUAUUGGAGAGAUAAGAGACUGGCCUAUGCAGGGAUCCCUCUCAACCUGACACUGGACAACAGAGUAGCUGACCAGCUCUGGGUCCCAGAUACCUACUUCCUCAAUGACAAGAAGUCCUUUGUUCACGGUGUCACUGUUAAGAACCGUAUGAUUCGACUACACCCGGACGGCACUGUUCUCUACGGCCUCAGAAUCACAACGACAGCAGCCUGCAUGAUGGAUCUGAGGAGAUACCCACUGGACGAACAGAACUGCACUCUGGAAAUUGAGAGUUAUGGCUACACAACAGAUGACAUAGAGUUCUAUUGGAAAGGAGGAGACACUGCUGUGACCGGGGUGACACGCAUUGAGCUCCCUCAGUUCUCCAUAGUCGACUACAAGCUGGUUUCCAGGAAUGUGGUCUUUUCCACAGGUGCCUACCCUCGACUGUCUUUGAGCUUCAAGCUGAAGCGAAACAUCGGAUACUUCAUCCUGCAGACGUACAUGCCCUCCAUCCUCAUCACCAUCCUAUCCUGGGUGUCGUUCUGGAUAAAUUAUGAUGCCUCAGCUGCCAGAGUUGCAUUAGGGAUCACCACUGUCCUGACCAUGACAACCAUCAACACCCAUUUAAGAGAGACUCUGCCCAAGAUCCCCUACGUCAAAGCUAUAGACAUGUACCUGAUGGGCUGCUUUGUGUUUGUCUUCCUGGCUCUGCUGGAAUAUGCCUUCGUCAACUACAUCUUCUUUGGAAGAGGUCCUCAGAUGCAGAAGAAACUGGCUGAGAAGGCGCAGAAGGCAAAUAAUGACCGGGAAAAUUUUGAUAGACCCAAGUCCAUUCUGGAAGGAGGCAAUUGCAAGUCUUCGUCUGUUAAACAGUCCAAUCAGAUACAAGGGCGUCGUCACUCACGACGGGUCGACUCCCAGGGGAACAUUUUGCUGACAACCUUGGAGAUCCACAACGAGGUGGGAGGGAAUGAGAUCACAACCACCGUGAGCGAGACCCACAACUCCUCCUCCAUGGUGUUCGACAACUCGGGCGUCCAGUACAGGAAGCCGAGCGGGCCGCGCGAGUCGGGCCGUCUCAGCCUGGACAGGAAUGCGCAUCUAAAGAAAACCCGUCUGCGGAGACGAUCCUCGCAGCUCAAAAUCAAAAUCCCAGACCUCACCGAUGUGAACGCCAUCGACAGAUUGUCACGGAUAAUAUUCCCCUUCAGCUUCUCCCUCUUCAACUUAAUCUACUGGCUUUACUACGUCAAUUAAUACGUCAUUGUUUAUUAAACCCAUCUCUGUCUCGUUUUUGUUUUUGAAUGAGAGAAGACUUCUUUAUGUAAGGAACAUAAUAUGGUCAAAUCCUUAUGAACUUUUUUUAUCAUAGUGAGUGAAGAUUUGAUGACAGAACUGUCACUCAGACAGUGUGCAUCUGUAUAUGCACAAACACAAGGAAUUAUCUACAGAACAUGUAUUUUACAAAGACCUUUGUGUACUGUAAAUUACUCUCUGCUCUGACCCCUGUGAAGACCUGGGACAUUGUAUCUCAUGGGUAGAAGCACAGACUCUUUACAGUACACUGCUUUAGGCCAGUUAUUACAACUGUGCCCAUACUUUCAGUUUAAAAUGUGGUCACUGUAAUACAACUUCUUGCUAAUGACAAGACCUGAGAGAUUCAAAGUAUUAUUACAUUUCUAGUAGUCUGUUAAUCUGCACAUGGAAAAAUAUGAUCAUAUAAACACAGACCAAACUCUGAGUUUAUGAUCUGGAAAUUAUUUGCAAUGAAACCAGACUUAAAGGAAUGUUUCAGUCUAUUGGGAUAUAAACUUAUUCGCUUUCUUGCCAAGAGUUAGAUGAGAAGAUUGACACCAUUCUCAUGUAUGUAUGCUAAAUAUGAAGCUAUAGCCAGCAGCCGGUUAGCUUAGCAUAGCAUAAAGACUGGAAACAGGGGGAAACAGCUAAGCGUAUUUCCUAAAGUCUCAAACUUUUCCAUUAAUUUGCCUUGGAGUUGAUGCCACCAGCUGUUCACUGGUGGUUUUGAAGUGGACACUGGAACUGCUGUGACCUUGCUCCUAAGAUUAACAGGGGAUUUAACACUGUGUGAGGAUGUCAAAAGUAACUUUGAUUUCAAAGCCUAGUUUUUGUUAACAAGAGAGAGGCUAAUGGAAUCCAUGCCAGCAUUUUAUACAGUUGUCAUUCUGUCAUUCACUGCCAUUAUUUCAAGGAAUAUUUUGACAUUUUGGGAAGUAUGCUUAUUUGCUGAGAUUUAGAUGUGAAGAUCAAUACCACACAGUCAGUUAGCUUAGCCUAGCAUAAAGACUGGAAACGGGGGGAAACAGCUACCCUGGCUCUGUCCAGGUGAAAAUGAUCUGCCUGCCAGCAUCUCUAAAGCUCACUAAUUAACACGUUUAAUCCCAUUUGUUUAAUUCAUACAUGAGAAGAAUCGUAAAAACGACACAACUUCUUGUUUUCACAUGUGUGUACGGAUUAAACAAGCAAGUUUUUACGUGUUAAUUAGAGAGCUUUAGAGGUGCUGGUAGGUGAAUUUAUUUAACUUUGGCAAGAGCCCGGCUAGCUGUUGUAGUUUCCCAUCUUUAUGCUAAGCUAGGCUAACCGGCUGCUGGCUGUAGCUUCAUAUUGAGUGUAGAGACGUGAGAGUGGUAUCAAUCUUUUCAUCUACCUCUCGACAAGAAAAUGAAUGAGUAUUUCCCAAAAUAUCAAACUACUUCUUUGACAUUUACAAUUACCCAUUUGCUAUUGCUUUUCAGUAUUCAAAAAGCAUGCUGUAUACCCAACAACAAAUGAACAAUUUAUGUGUCACAUGACAGUAGAAAAAGGUUCCCAGGCUUUUACAGUAAAUAUGUACAAUAUCUGACCAGUUUACACAAUUUCACUCUUUUAUCAUUGUGCUUUCAGGACUGCUGUCACAAUAUUUUAUUGAUUUUGUGAAACAGGUAUUCAAUGCAGAAUAAUUCACAUGGCCUUUUUUCUUUCACACUGCAUGUUGUAUUGGGGACUGAGUGCAGACUCAUUUUUGCAGACAUGUCAUGUCAGAUUUUGAUCAACCUUCACAUUCAGAUUCCUUGAUUCUCCGUGAAUUAAUAAUUUAAUGUACAUACUGUAACUGCACAUUUUCUUUCAGUUCACAUUAAUUACAUGGCUUUGUUGUCAACAGUG